AUGCCCACCAAGUACUGCAGGUCAAGUGAGAAGGUAUGUCCUGCAGGUCCCCCCGGAUAUAAUGGUCCCAUUGGAGCGAGGGGACCACGUGGCAGGAGGGGACCAAAGGGAAAGAAAGGUCCUCAAGGUCCCAUGGGACCUCCUGGAAAAUCCGGAAAAACAGGAAUAACGGGUCCUGCAGGACCGAGAGGAAAAAGGGAGGCAAAGGAGACUCUGGGCCGAAAGGCAUGCCGGGACCACCUGGAAGGCCUGGAAAAUCGAUAUCUGCCCCACAAGUGAUGUUGUCGGCAGCAGAGCAGACACGAGAUGAGGGAGGAAAUACGGCAUUUUAUUGCACGGUUGUAGGAAAUCCUUCCCCAGCCGUGGAAUGGCAAUUUAAGGGCACAAAGCUUCUGUCAGGUGCAAAGUAUCUGAUUAAAGAAGGAGAAUUGAUCGUUAGAAAUCUGAAUUACAGCGAUACUGGGCCGUAUAAAUGUGCUGCCAGGAACAUUCUUGAAUCGUCUGAGGCCACCAGCAACUUGACUGUUCGAGAGAACAGGAGCAUUUAACUUAAAGUUUUGAUAUAUCUGGCUGCUUGAUUUUGUAGGCUUCUUUGUGCUCCGAGAAUGCGAGAAUACGAGGUUGGAAUAUAAAAAUGGCACCGUUAUUUAAUCAUUUACUUUUAUCUCUUCUUUCAUUUUUUCUUAUUUCUUAAGCAGUGUAUAACGUCAAACUUUAAAUUUACUCACUCAUACCGUAUGCUAAUGAUCAAGGCCUAGUAUAGAUUGUACUCAUUGGCAUCAGGCUAGUAGUCACGUGUGUAGUUCAACUUUUAAUCUGAGCCAUACAAACAUAAAGGGGAGGUUACUUAGGUUAACUUUUGCUGGAUAUGUGCCGCUGGCCUCUCAAAACGCCUACCACAUUAUAUUCUAUGCAUGCUGGUCGAUCAUGUAUUGGCUCUAUAUUUCAGGUCUUCCAGUCUUCACAAAAGUUCCACCUUCACUUGCCACACCACUACAAGGCACUAAGUUUCAAGUAACCUGUCAAGCUGAAGGCUAUCCUCGUCCUGUAGUAACCUGGAUUAGAGCGGUGCUACCUUUUCCUGCCGGCAGGACUGAGCUGAGGUAA